AACUUAUUAAAUAGAGUCGAAUGGUAUGUUGACGCCUACAGGCCAACAACAAUUGUGUCCUUCUGUGGAUUUAGAAGAUGUGCUGCUGUUUGCGGACACUUUCGACCACUCAGAAGACAACUAUCCCCUCGGAGAGAAGUGUGACGUGGUCCAGUUCUCCUACCCGGUGUCUGUGUCAUGUGUGACCAUUGUGUCCCCCCACACCACAGUGCAAGUGGGCAACAAGAACAUGCUCGUGGGAGCAUCGAAGCCGAACAAAUUCAAGCUGGAAACAUUCAUCAACAACCUCACAUGCUCUGCGGCCGCCAAAACCACAGCCUCCUUCUCCAACUUCUACGAGGUAAUGUAUGACGAGAGUGUGGGGGGAGGCAGCUCCUCCUCCUCGUCUGUCGGGGUCAGUGGGGGAACUAAAACACUGACUGAUGUGAUGGUGAUCAAGGGAAAGUACACUGUGUGCUCCAUCUGCAUAUAUGGCACCAUACAACAAUACACAAUGCCUGCUCCUUCUCUUGAGGCCACCGCCACUGCAGAUAGCCGAGACCAAGUGCCCAAUCUGAGCGAUGUUUCGCAGAUUGCAGCGGUGCCCACUCACGACAAGCAGCAGCAGCAGCAGCAUGCAUCACCCACCGCUCCAAUCAAAAUGCCUCAUUCCCUCAUCACAGCUGGAGCUGCUGCUCCUCAUUCUCGUCCUCAUCCAGGUGAUCUCGCCACCCCAGAGCAAUUCCUCACUGCCCACAUCAUGUCACCGUCAGUCCCUUCUGUGCCAGGUGGAAACAGCAGCAGCUCUAGUAGUCUGCAGCCACCAGACGUGAGGAGUGAGCUCCCAGGGGCCAUUCCGUUCGAGCAGACCAGAAGGCACUCCAACGAGAGUCCUCCGAAUGAACCACCUGAUCCGGUGGUGCUCAAAUUAGAGGCCACAAGGUCCAGCAACCCCGACAGGAGAGGAGGCGGCGGCGGCGGCGACACAGAAAGCAAAAAGUGGCUGGAUGCGGCCAAUUUGUUUCUGCAGCAGACGGCAGGAGCAGCCAUGACGUCGUCGAAAGAAGCACAGCAGAACAAAGACCACAGUGAGCUGAAGCAAGAAUCUGGUCAAAAUAGACCUGUGUGCAAUGCUAAUGGUGGAUCGAUGAUAGUGGAAUCGCCUUCAGACGCGCCGAAAGAAUCGCCCACUGCGUCAUCGCCUGCUGCUGGAAUCCCGAAAAGCUCGCCAAAUCCAAUGGCCACGGCGAAUAUUGCAGGACUGCCUGGGAUGCUUGCGGGAAUGCCUCCUCCGCCAGGGGUGAAUGCAGCAGCGGCAAUGGCUGCGCUCGGAAUGCCCUUUCCCAUGCCGCCGCCUUUCAGCAUGACAAUGCCUCCUUUUUUCAACCCCAGUGCAAUGAGCGAAAUGGUCAGGAUGUACGGGGGUGGGGGUGGGGGUGGGGGUGGGGGCGGCAACCCGGUGGUGGGUAUGAUGAACACUGUUGCAGCAGCAGCUGCGGGAAGUGGCGGCAAUGCAGCUAACAUGCAGGGAGGAAUGGCUGCGUGUUUGACUGGCCCCAGAUUCAUUCAGCCACCACCUACUAGUCACAUGAACAUGAAUAAUGUCUCCUCCAGGGGGGCUUUCAGUGAAGGUGGUGCUCAAAUGGGAGGGGGUGGUGCUCAUCCUUCCCCUCCAUCUUUCUUGCCAGAGAUGCCAGCUGUAGUCAAUAUGCCCAGCUCCACCUCCUCAGUCGACGAAGACUACGAUGACCUGUCGGCUGACGAUGACUUCGAUGAAGAUUUUGAUGAGGCCUCAGACGAAGACAACACUACCUACCUGACUGAAGAUUCUUCCUCUUGCCACCAACAGCAGCAGCACACAGUAGCAAUAGCUGAACAGCAGAAGUUUCUGGAACAGCAGACUGUGCUGGAGCAGCAGGAGGAGCGCAUACUGCAGAGUGUGAUGGACAAGUGGGCGUCCUCUUCUUCAUCCUCAUCCUUGUCUGCUGCUGCUGUAGACCACGUGGGGGGCAAGGAGUACUCCUCAUUGAGCUCAUCUGCUGCCAAUUGUAUGGGUCGUCAGUUGAAGCACUUCAAGCCACCCCAGUUGUAUGUCGCAGACAAAAUCAAUCGCAGUGUGUUCGACGAGACAAAACACAAGCAGUUGACUCAUGUGGUUGGGGAGAUGCAGAAGUGCAAGGGACUUGAGGAGUCGGAGGGGGGCGAGUGGGUGGUGCGACUGGAGUCCCUCUACGAGGCCGCUCUCCAGGGACUGAGUCAGCUCAAACACCACCACCAACAACUCUUCAAACAGCUGCUGCACUUGAUUGUGGGCAAUGCGUGUUUGGCGAUCGAGUGGGAGAGGGCCCUGAGUCAGAAGAUAGGCUUCAACGUGCGUCAGAUCAAAGUGGGAUGUCGACUCAUCUCCAUGCUCGCACUGGUCGACUACGAGUGCGUAAAACUGCUUCUCUCGUCCCAGGUGUUGGACAGCUUGUUUCUCCUUGUCAGCCAGCCGCUAAUGGUCUCAACUAUGAAACUGUUUGCUCUAGAAGCGAUUGAUGCAUUGUGCAGUUGUUCGCUUGGAAUCAAAACACUUCUGGCAUCGAAUGGAUUUGUGAAAAUGCUGGAAAUUCUGAACUGCUCCAAAUGCACGAGGAUCAACCACGCCAUCUCAGUGAUUGCGCACAAGAUCAACAUCUACGAGUGUGUUCAUCUGUGUCACAAGCAGAGCAUUGAGGUGUCGAGGAAGAUGAGAAGCUGCGCCUCUGACUCGCUCAUGCUGAUCGACGCCGAGGGAGUAUCGAACGCAUUCGCUGCUCUUCUGGAAGCGCUAGAAAGCUAUGCCCACAAUCAGAUCAGAGUUCCAGAGGGAGUGAAGAAACUGGAGCCACGUGCCUAUGAUGGCUUCAUGUUCCGUCUGAUUAGUGAGAGAGGUCUGCUAGACCAGAUGCAGCUGCUGUUGGCGAGUCCGUUGAACCAGUCGUGCAGUAAGCUAGUGGCUACUCUGUUAAGGCUACUAGACUGGCUGCUGCAGUCCAACGAGGGAAGGGCCUUUCUAGUGCACAACGGGGAUGCAGUCAAGGGUUGUGUCCAGGGCCUCCUUGGUGGCACAGAGCAGGGCAAUGAGGAGGGGCGUGGAGUGGGUUGGGAUGUAGAUCGGGAUGAGGGACAGAAGAGAAUGGCAGCUCAGCUGAUCAGCGCCAUCAAAACGACAGAAGUGGUGGAUGAGUUGAAAAGCUGCAAGCUGAGAGACAGAGAGAAGGCGACAGUGGAGAAGACGAAAGUUGUCCUAGAGCGCAUCUACACUCUUUUGCGUGAAGACGCGGAAACAGUGGCUAUCGUGCUCAGACAGACCGACUCUCUCAAGUUCAUCUCGCACUUGUUGGUGUCGCACGUGCAGCAGCAGCAAAGAUCCCCCCACUCGGACACAGCUGCAGCAGCAGCAGAACAGUCCAAAGCCACUAGGAGGUCAGUGACCUUCGAAGGCCAGCAGCAGACUAAAGUGGAGCAGAGUGGUACAGGCACUGAGGUGGACCAUGUGGUUCUGUUGGCCACCACUGUUCUGCAGAGGGCGGCUGAGACGGAUGAGUCACACGUGGAGACAUGGGCGCUCAUACUGCUGCAGUUGCCUGAAGUAGAAGAAGCGCCUCCGAUUCUCGGCUGGACUGAGUCGUGCAGAGGAAAGGAAGAGGGCGCGAGAUCGUGUCUUGAUGGCAUUUCGUGUCACAGAAUGAGGGAACUGUGCAAGUGGCUGGAACCAAUGCGGGAUGUGCAGAUUGCUCUUAAGCAUGCAGCUGCAACCAGUCAGAAGAAGAUGAAAAAGGAGGAGGAGGAGGAGAGUCUGAAACAGCUGACUGAAAUCGGAAUCGCACAUGUGGAACAGCUGGUGUAUUUCAUGAAGCAUCGGCUGGAGCAGUUUGGCGCCAGAUUUGUCCUCGAGGCACCAGGGAUGAUAUCGUGUUUACGCGUCAUUCUCCGGCUUCUAAAGAAGCCAACUGUGGAUGAGGAGCGUGAGCCGCAAGCAAACUUGGCUGCGUUGAUAAACCUUUUUGAAGCAUCAGGAUACGACAUUCUACUGCGCCUGGUGAAUUCGGCAGUUGUUCAAAACUCCUCCUUCAUCUGGAGGUCCCAUCAGUUGAACUCAAAGUUACCUGAAGCAAUAACAACGCAGUGUGUGGAUUUUGCGGUUGCUGUGUUGGAGAUAAUGAAGCUGAUGAUUGGGAAGCUGAUGUCGUCCAAUGAGAUCCCCUUCCGAGAUCUGAGAGUGGUUGAAGCGGUGAUGACUCUGCAGUCUGUAGUCUGCUCCAAGGUCAGAGGUGGCGAUAGAGUGAAGUUGAAGAUGAAGGCGACACGAGUGAAGGAGCUAGUCGUGCACAUUCUCUCUAUGUACACGCGCACAGCUUCCACUGCACACAAUACAGAGGAUGAGAAAGAAGCAAGUUCGGAUGCUGGUUGGACUCUGAUGCUGGAGAGAGUGCUGCAGCACAUCCUCUCCCUACCCUCUUUCGUCAUCCCCGGGCUGGCCACUCUCUCCCAACUGCUGCCACUGCCGCUGCCCAUAAUGACUGCCACCCCUCUGAAGGAGACGGAGCUGAGGUUCCUGCGUGAGAACAGAGUGAAGUGGGGGGCUCACCUGGUGCCACAUGCUAAGCUGGUGGCUCACUUGUUCACCAAACUCAUCGACUCUGCCAACACUCACCUCUGCUCCAUUCUGAAGAGGGUUGCGUGGCAGAUCGCGGACUUGUGUGGGGAGUUGGCCCAAGUGGUGAUUCAUUGCUUCGUCGACCGCUUCUUGAACCUCAACGGAUUGGCUCACAGCAACCAGUUCGCAGACAGGAAGUGGACCUACCAGAUGCGACAGGUGCUUCUGUUCGUGGACCACGCGGUGUCCCAGCCAGCAGGCAAGGCGGCCUUCAUCCAGCUGCUGUGCAGUGAGGAUCAGUUUGAGGCGAUGAAGAUAUCGCAGUGUGUGGAGCAGAUGCUCAUGUUCCUCGACGUCGACUCUGCAGACGAAGACGCAUCGCAACACAUGCACGUGCAGAACGAGAUCAACUAUUACGUCAUAACCAUUAUGCAAUCACUCUGUGAUCCAUCCGUCAGCCUACUCCCAUUUGAUCACGCGCACACUUACAUACCGGAUGACAUAAUUGAAUCGAAUACACCGCCCAGCAACAUAGCAAAGGUUAUUUGCGAGGAGAUUUUCAAACAUGCCAGCAACAAAAGCCAAAGCAUGUUUACUUUUCACCACGCCAUCAAAGCUCUCAUCUUGCUGUGUUGCCAUGAUCAAGUGUUCUCGAUUGUGAAGUGCUAUCUGCUGGAAAACCAGGAUGCGCUGAGGAAGUUGUUGGUGAAGUUGCACCGUGAACAGAAAUCACAGCGCGAAGAAGUGAACAUGAAGUCGUUUUUGUCGUUUGUGAACUUACUGCGAGGCUCCAAGCAGUCGGAGGAUUUUGUGGGCUCGAACAGGAGGCUAUUUUUGAGUGGUGAACAACUGCGCACUCUGUUAGGGAUGUCUACAGGCACUGGCGAGUACAGCUUGGAGAAGUACCCGGAGAAGAUAAUGAAAGAGGGCGGCACCAUGAGUGGCUCUACAGAGGACACUUUGAAGUCACUCAUCGCAUACUUGAACAACGAAAUCUCCGACGCCUCGGAGUGUAAUAAAGAAGCUUCUAAUGACGUCACAAUGACAGUAGAAGUAGAAGGGGUCAGGAAAGAGGAGGAGGAGGAGGGGGAGGGGGGAGGAGAUGAGGUCACUGGCCCAACAGUGUCUCCGAGGAUGAGUUUGGAGGCGCAAUUUUAUCAUAGGUGUCUGUUUCGAGUGUCCCCAAUCGAGGACGGAAGAUUCGAUCCUAUCAACUGGUUCUCACUGGGCAGUGAACAGAUUCACGAGGAACAUCUGGUUCCGAUUGGGCUGACUGAGAUGUGCAAAGAUGCCUUACGUGACUUCGACCCAGUGGCCGAGUACAGGAGAGAGAAGGAGAUAGAGGGGGCUAAGUUGAGGAAGAAGUACAAGCACAGGAGGAGGUAUGACCCCCUCAUCGCCAGGGGAUUCAAGAGCAAGAAGCUUGUGAGGAGACCCAACUAUUUGGCCAAGGAAAAAGGCGUCGACUUCGGCCCUAAGAGGAGUGACGAUGUGUUCCGGAUGCGGAAGCAGAACACCAGUCGGCCUCCCUCCAUGCACGUGGACGACUUCAUGCUGCUGGAGAAGGCAGAGAAUUACGAAGGGGUAGGAGGCGUGAACAGGUCUAGCAGGACCAAGUCGCGCACGAUAGUGUCUGGUGGUCAAGUCUCCAUGGGCAUAGGCAUGGGGGGCAGCAAUGUGAUCAUGAGCAGACGCAUUCCCUCCAUAGUGCCGGGGGCAUUCCCUCCAUCCUACGCACCCGUCCUUUCUAACUCUCCACUCCAGAUGGGACAAGGAAUACAUGGAACUGGAGGGAGGGUUGGAGGGGGAGGGGGAGGGGGAGGUGCGGAAGGGAGCAGCUCCUCCUCUUCUGCUCAGUUCAACACUAGUCAAGCUAACGAACGGGGUUUCUACAGCGCUGCCAAAGGCUGGAUGGUCGGAAAUAGUGGGGGAAUGAAAACUGGAAUCACUAGUACCAAGAUAAUCUCCCAAGGAAACGAAUGAAAGAUCCCCUGAUUCUCACUUUGCAGCUCCUAUUUAUUCAAAUGUCGCGUUAAUGCUUUCAUGUUUAUUCCAUUGUUUUCAUUUUUGUCCAUUCUUGAUGUAGUAAAGUUGUUUCAUGUUGAUUAACAUCUUUUUGAUAGACCAUUAAAAAUAAAUGUCUGUUGAAA